AUGGAGAAGGACGGUGAUCCUUCAGGAGGCUGGCGCUUUGCGCAGUGCUUCGGAGACAAGGGCGAAGUCGAAGAAAUCACCGAAGCCGACAUCAUCUCAACCGUCGAGUUUGAUCACACUGGCGACUACCUCGCUACGGGUGACAAGGGUGGUCGUGUGGUUCUGUUCGAGCGCAACGACUCCAAAAAGGGUUGCGAGUAUAAGUUCCACACCGAAUUCCAGUCACACGAGCCCGAGUUCGACUAUCUCAAGUCGCUCGAGAUCGAGGAAAAGAUAAACAAGAUCAAGUGGUGCAGGAGGCAAAACGCCGCCCACUUCUUGCUGAGCACAAAUGACAAGACCAUCAAGCUUUGGAAGGUGUUCGAAAAGACGCUCAAGCUCGUCGCCGAGAACAAUCACAACGGAACCGAGUACGGUCAGAUGCGCGACCCAGACGUGCAUCCAUCACUACUGCCCAUCCCCAAACCCGUCGUCGGCAGCGGUAUCGGUCUGCGUCUGCCUCGUCUCACACCCGUCGACACCAUCAUCGCCGCGGUCCCAAGGAAGAUCUUCGCCAACGCGCAUGCGUACCACAUCAACUCGGUCUCGGUCAACUCGGAUGGCGAGACGUAUAUCAGUGCAGACGACCUGCGUAUCAACCUGUGGAACCUCAACAUCAGCGACCAAAGUUUCAACAUCGUCGACAUCAAGCCCGUCAACAUGGAAGAGCUCACAGAGGUCAUCACGGCCGCCGAAUUCCACCCGAUCCACUGCAACCAGUUUGUCUACUCGAGUUCCAAGGGUACGAUCAAGCUGGCCGACAUGCGCGACUCGGCGCUGUGCGAUGCGCACGCCAAGCAGUUCGAGGAGGAGGAGGAUCCGUCGACCAAGUCGUUCUUCAGCGAGAUCAUCAGCAGCAUAUCCGACGUCAAGUUCAGCCGCGACGGACGCUACAUCCUGUCGCGCGACUACCUCACGCUCAAGAUCUGGGACGUCAAUAUGGACAACAAGCCGGUCAAGACGAUCCCCAUCCACGACCAUCUGCGCUCCAAGCUGUGCGACCUGUACGAGAACGACUGCAUCUUUGACAAGUUCGAGGCGCUGUGGGGACCGGACGGCAAGAAGGUGCUGACGGGCAGCUACAACAACUACUUCCACGUGUUUGAUAAGGACGACAGCUCCGACGUGGUGCUGCAGGCGGACAAGUCGGCGUUCAAGGCCAAGCGCAUGGCGGGCGCGGGCAAGAAGGGCAACAAGGGCGCCAACAGCACGCUCGGCGCACCAGGCCAGGUCAACCUCGACAAUCCGGACUUUAACAAGAAGAUCCUGCAUGCCAGCUUCCAUCCGCGCGAGAACACCAUCGCCAUCGCAGCCACCAACAACCUCUUCAUCUUUUCGGCAAACAAUCCGGCAGGCAUCCCCAUGGCGUGA